AUGUCCAAGAAUAGCGCAAAACGACGAGCAGACGAAGAUGCCAUCAAGGAACUGGCAUCGCCAUUGGAUGUCCCCCAAUUGAAUGACCAGCAGCAGGAGCUCGUAGAUGCACAAACCAAAUUGCACGAGCGAGCCGAAAUUGCUGUGGACAUCGCCACUCAAAAAAUUAUGCAGCCUAUAUAUGCCGCCCGCCGCGAGGCUGUCAAGUCCCUUCCUCGUUUCUGGGGUACGGCGCUCGCUCAGCAUGCGCGGCUUGCCGUGGUCGUAGCCGGUCAAGAUGACAUGAAGGCUCUUUCUCACCUGACUGACUUGUGGGUUGAAUAUGAUUCGGUGGAGCCCCGUGCAUUUAGUAUUAUCUUUGAAUUUUCUGAAAACCCAUAUUUUUCGGACAAAACUCUUAAGAAAGAGUACAAGUACACUCCUCCCACAGGCACCCCAGCACCUGGCACAAACGUUGACGCAAACGGCGUUUCAGAUGCCCAAGAAGUGUUCGAAUGGGAAUCCCACAUCACUCCCCAGUCCAUCAAAAUUAACUGGAAAGAUGAUGCUCAUAACCUGACCAAGCUCUCUCCUCGGAUUGUUAACCCUGAAGACCCGGAGGACGUUGAAGAGAUCGGUAGCUUCUUCAACUGGUUCGAGCAUGGUCCCGAUUUCGGUGAAAUUGGACCGACGAUCGUUCAAGAUAUUUUCCCUCAUGCACUGAGUUAUUACCGUGGUGAGGGCGAGAUGGGCCGAGCUAUGAUAGACAGCGACGAUGAGAUGGACAGUGAUGAAGAGGAUGAAGAGGAUGAUGAUGACGAUGAGGAAGAGAUUGACCUUGAACAACCCCGCAAAAAGAAGGCCAAGCGCUCAUAA